CUGGCUGGCUGUGCGCGCGGCGAACAUGGCGGCGGCGGCGGCGGCCGAGGCGGUGGGGCGGGACACUUUACCUGAGCACUGGUCCUAUGGCGUCUGUGGAGACGGCCGCGUCUUCUUCAUCGACGACCUGACCCGCUCAACUACUUGGCUGCAUCCUCGCACCGGGGAGCCCGUCAACUCAGGCCACAUGAUCCGCUCAGAUCUUCCCCGUGGAUGGGAGGAGGGAUUCUCGGAAGAAGGAGCCAGUUACUUCAUUGACCACAACCAGCAGACUACAACAUUUAGGCAUCCUGUGACUGGCCAGUUUUCCCCAGAAAACGUUGAGUUUAUUUUACAAGAGGAGCAAAAUUCACUUAUGUCCAAGCAUCGGAUAAACCAAAGACCCUCAAGCAUGGUCAGUGAAACAUCUACUGCAGUGACUACAUCCACUGUAGAUACAAAACCUGGUUCCAAGGUGGUAAAAUCUGGCAAUAAAAUACACAGUUUUGGGAAAAGAGAUCAGGCUAUAAGGAGAAACCCUAAUGUUCCUGUUGUGGUAAGAGGCUGGCUUCAUAAGCAGGAUAGCUCUGGCAUGAGAUUGUGGAAAAGGCGGUGGUUUGUGCUUGCUGAUUAUUGUUUAUUUUAUUACAAAGACAGCAGAGAAGAAUCUGUUCUCGGAAGUAUACCAUUGCCUAGCUAUGUAAUAUCUACAGUUGGACCUGAAGAUCAUAUAAACCGCAAGUACUCAUUUAAGGCUGUCCAUACAGGCAUGAGGGCUUAUAUAUAUAACAAGAGUUCUGUUAUUGGCUCUCAGGCAGAGCAUUCAGGGAUGCGCACGUACUACUUUAGUGCGGAUACUCAAGAAGAUAUGAAUGGUUGGAUCCGUGCUAUGAAUCAAGCUGCUCUUAUGCAAACACGUUCAUCACCAAAGAGAGAAACAGGAAAUCCAGAUCAGCAAGCUGUUCCUCAAGCUAAUCAUGUGGAUGCCUGCAAACAAUGUGCAAAGUUAGAUUCUGCUGAUGCAAAAGGAUGUUACAGAAAAUCUCCUGAAACCUCUGCAUAUGAUAAGCAUGAAGAGAUGAGAAAAGCAAUAGAAGAUGAGCAUUAUGCUGUCAGGAAGAACACGGUGGAAUCAAAAAGGGAGAAAUCUAAACAUCCAUUGAUAUCGGAGGUUGGCACAUUGAAUACAGAGUCAAGUCUGUCUCGGUCCCAGAGAGCUCAGCCUGUUGAGAAGAAUGGAACACUUUCCAAUUCGUUAAAUACAAGUCCUGGCCUAGUGGAGCAGAAUGGUAUUGGUUUAUAUAAACAAGGAUUUGUUUCCAGACCAGCUCAAAAAAAGCAGACACAGAGGAAAAACAAUAUGGCUCACAUAGAGCACUGGGUUAAAGUCCAAAAAGGAGAUCCCAAAAGUCUUGCAUCUGAUCAGUCCCUUAUUCGCCAAGUGCCCAGUCAUUCCAUAUCUUUUCCUGAGAAUUAUCAUACCUUGCCAAAGAAUACCAGGCAGCCUUCAGGAAGUUCACCGCCCUCAAAUCGCAAUCUGCCAAGUGACUACAAGUAUGCUCAAGACCGGGUUAGCCACUUGAAGAUGUCCCAUGAUGAGAGAAGAGCUAACAAAGAUGGUACUGUGUGGCAGCUGUAUGAGUGGCAACAGAGACAGCAGUUUAAACACGGCAGUCCCACAGCACCUAUUUAUAUUGGUUCUCCAGACUUUACAGACCGUGGUAAGGGAAGAAGUUCAUUAGAUGUUCCACGUUCAGUUUCUGUUCCCCCAUCUCCUUCUGAUAUACCACCACCUGGGCCCCCUAAAGUUUUUCCACCUCGAAGACCACACACUCCUGCAGAAAGGGUUACUGUCAUACCAUCUGAUGAGAGACCAAUGAUAGAUGUUCCUUUUGCUGGAUCACCCAUGAAGAUUCGAAGUCAAACUAUAAAAAACUCAGCACACAUAGAUAGGCGUUCCAUGCCUACAAUGGGAUAUAUGACCCAUACUGUAAGUGCUCCAAGUUUGCAUGGGAAAUCGGCUGACGAUACCUACAUCCAGCUGAAGAAAGAUCUUGACUAUUUGGAUUUGAAGAUAAAAAAUAAUGGACCUCUGAUCAACAUGGUUUACAAAGUUCUAAAGAGCUCAGCACAAGGGUUACUAUCCAGUAUAAAUGUAACAGGUCGUGAUACAAUAAAAGAACGAAAUGCGAAACCCAUCAGGAUUGGAGAAAGUGAUAUUGAUGUGAAACUAAGUGUUCUCUGUGAACAAGACAGGAUUCUACAAGACCUAGAAGACAAAAUAAGAGCCCUGAAGGAAAAUAAAGAUCAGUUGGAAUCUGUCCUGGAAGUGUUGCAUAGGCAGAUGGAACAAUACAAAGACCAACCACAGCACACAGAAAAGAUUUCAUACCAGCAGAAACUUUUGCAGGAGGAUCUCAUACAUAUUCGGGCAGAAAUAUCCAAAGUAUCUACAGAAAUGGAAAAUGCCUGGAAUGAAUAUCUGAAACUGGAAAAAGAUGUACACCAGCUAAAGCAAGCCUUACAGGAACAAAUGAACAGAUCGUUUUUUUCUCAGGAGAAAGCCCAAAUGCAAAAAGAUUUAUGGAGAAUAGAAGAUGUUACGGCUGGCCUAAGUGCAAACAAAUCCAACUAUAAAGUCAUCAUAGAGUCUAUAAAGAAUCCAGAGAGAAAAACAGUGCCUUCAUUUUCAAAACCUCUAGUGCCUUCAUUAUCGUCUACUCUCAUGUCAGGGGACAGCAAACUUUCUACUCAGCAAAGCUCACCAUCUAGUCCUGUCAAGCCCUCUUUAGAAGUCAGACUUCUUCCGCAGCCUUAUACGCAACCUAGAAUGUUCUCGCCAUCCCAGCAAAUGAAAAAAGUUGAGCCUCCAGUUCAGUCACCUGUAAAAUUAACGCCAAAUGUUGAAGAUGAAGCGCCACCAAGACCUCCUCUUCCACAGUUGUACAGCCCUGAUGACCACCCACCAGCCGUCCCACCUCUUCCCAGGGAAGCCACUGUCAUCAGGCACACCUCAGUGCGGGGCCUGAAACGCCAGUCAGAUGAAAGGAAACGAGACCGUGAACUAGGGCAGUAUGUCAAUGGAGAUUAUAGGGUAGAACUCCGCUCAUAUGUGAGUGAACCUGAACUGGAAACAAUAAGCAGUGAUCUGAGCCAACCUUCUGCUGGUUUUCUAGGUACUGACAGUAGAUACCAAACAUUACCUAGCAGAGGAUUAUCUGGAUCAACUUCCAGACUGCAUCAGUCAUCAACAGCUUCAUCAUAUGCAACAUUUCGAAGAGAUGGUUCCAAGGAUAGACCGAAGAGUGCCUUGGAACGUUUAUACUCCGGAGAUCACCAAAGAGGCAAGAUGAGUGCCGAGGAACAACUAGAAAGAAUGAAACGACAUCAAAAGGCAUUAGUUCGUGAACGCAAAAGAACUCUUGGUCAAGGAGAAAGACAGUCUGUCUCAUCACGAUCAUUCGUCCGGCCUGUUUCUGCAGACAUAGGCUCAUGGAAGCGGGAACAAGAAUUUGACUUGCAGCUACUGGAAAGAGCUGUACGCCCAGAACACAAAGAGGAAAAUAACUGGCUAAGAGUUGAACCCGUGUUGGUGACAGAAGCAGACCUAGAACCUCAAGAUUAUAAUUUGGAUAUUAACAGAGAGUUGUCAAAACCUGAAAAGGUUGCAAUUCCAGAGCGAUACGUUGACCUGGAACCUGAAGAACCUCUUACUCCAGAAGAAUUAGCAGCAAGGCACCGUAAGGCAGAAAAAAUAAAGAAUAUUCUUACAAAGUCAAGUAUGCACAACCUCCAGCCUUCAGCUCAGGACAAACACAACUCUGCUAAUUUAGAUUCACAGUUGCAAGAGCAAGAACGCAUCAUUACCAUAUCAUACGCACUGGCUUCUGAAGCCUCUCAGCGGAGCAAGGAGGUGGCAGCUCCGCAAUUGACCUAUCCAUCUAAAGCACCCUCACCUUCUGUACCUCAGCCACCCCCCUUAAGCAAUGGAUUUCACUACACAUUUGUCUAAGCAUCUUGAAACCAAAGCAGUAAAUGAACGCUGAUCCCUGAUAUAAACCCGUAACAGACACCUGAAGAAGAGAGCAGCGAGGAGGAGGACUUCCCUACAUUAGCUUUCUCUCCUGUUUAUUUUUAUUUGAACACACAUUACAAAUAAUAACUGCACAGAAGAGUUUUGUACAAAAAAAGAACAAUUGUUUAUAUAAACAGCACUUUUAAUAUACUAUAUUAUAUAUUGACAUUGUAUAUUGGCAUUGGUUACAACCCUGCACAAUCAACUGCAUUCAAUUCCUGUGAUGUUAAUAGGUCCUAAUGCUUUAAAGUGCUGGAUUGUGAGCCAAUGUAUUUUUAGAAACUAUAUAUAUAGUUUCAUUUAAAAGUUUGGAUGCAUGCAAUAAAGGAAGGUGGAUGUUUUUAGCUUCUUUUUUUAAAAAGGAAGAUUUUUGGAAGCACAUAGCAUUUAGGUAGGAAUAAUGAAAUAUUUUCCUAUUUUUUCAGGGUUUAUAAUACAUUUGUUACUACUGAUUAUCAGUCAGAUAAAAUUUUACUGAAAUAUUCAAAAUUUCAAUGGUUCUGGAAUCCCAUGCAAACAGCAAAAGGCAGGUACAAAACAUUGCUAAUAGUUGUAUGUCACUGUCCUUUUAUUACGUAGCUUAGUCCAAGCGAACAUUGUCCAGUUACUAUUUCAAAUAUAUAUUUUUCUCUUUAACUUAGGGUGUGGGCACUGAAAUAUUUUGAAUGUGAUCUGGUUUCCAUCCCAAUGCAGAUGAAGCAUCUGCGAACUACAGAGGAUUAUCGUAGAGGUCAAUAGAAUCUCUAUUGCUACUCCCUACUUCCUUCCUUAAGAGCAAAAGCAUGACUGGCCAUUAAGAGGAAUGUGAGAUCUGGAGCACCUUUCACUCUUUUUGCCUAAACACCAGUUACUCAUGCUCUGAGCUUGAGUAACUUGUGUCAUGCAGAGAGGGAGAGCAGGAGGUAUGCACAAAACCUCCAAUUCCCUAUAAUAGCUUGUGCAAAGACAAGGAGAGGGAGUGAAGAGAAACUGGUCUUUUGAAGCUCUUUUCUGCACAUGGGUGCUGCACCUGAGAUGGGACUAGAUCAUCCAUGGAAACUGAAAUAUGUAAAGUGAACAAUGCAAAUAUUAAUAGAAUGUAUAAUUUUA